AUGUCCAAGGAAUUCACAUUCUCCGACGUCGCCGAGCACACGUCCAAGAAGGACCUGUACAUGAUUGUGCACGACAAAGUCUACGAUGUCGGCAGCUUUGUGGACGAGCACCCUGGUGGAGAGGAGGUCAUGCUCGAUGUAGGCGGUCAGGAUGCCACCGAGGCCUUUGAGGAUGUCGGCCACAGCGACGAGGCACGGGAAAUUUUGGACGGACUACUGGUUGGAAACUUGAAGAGACAGGAGGGCGACCCACAGCCAAAGACCGCCGCGCAGCAGGUCGCGGAUGCUCGCAAGUCCACAGCUUCCUCCGGCGGCCUUGGUGUUGGCGUUUACGCCAUUGUCCUUGUCGGUGCUGCUGCUGCUUUCUUUGCUUUCCAGUACCUGCAGAACAGUGAGAAGAAGUAA